AUGGAGAACACCACGGCUGCCGUCGUAACGCCCCCUAGCACCACAUCUCCCGCCCCCGAGUCCCACACCGUCAGGCCUGCGGCUCUCCGCGCCUACAAGCAGCGGCUCAUCGAGCGCAUUCCCGCCCCCGUCUCGGACGACUACCGCAGGAUGCUCGUCGACACCAUCGAGGCGCAGGUCGAUAUGCCGAGCCUCGACUGCGGGCUCCGCUGGGCCGUUGAGGCCGCCUACCACAACGGCAUCGAGCCCCCGUCCCACGAAGUCGUCGCCCUUUGCCUGUGCUUCGGCUCGGGUGCUCUCGAGGGCGACGUCCUCCGCGUCCAGCGCAGCUUCUACGCCCGGCAGCCGGGUCUCGCCUACCACAUCCGGGACUGGUCCCUACGGGGCCUCGCCGACAAGCACAGCACCAAGGUCUGCGCCGGCGACAUCGACGCCCCCCCGACCACCGCCCCCGCUCGACGAAAAAAGCGUCCGGCCUCCGCCUUCGAAGACCUCUCCCCGCCCCCGAACGCCUGUCGCUCCGAGCCCCCUGUACACCCGUUCACAGUAUACCACGAGAGCGAUUAUACCCCGCGCCUCAACUCCCUCGUCAAGAGCCAUCAGGCCGAGCCCAAGAAGCCCGCAACCCUCGGGGGCCCCGCGGUUCCCCAGGCUAUCCUGGACCGCCUGCCCCCGUCCUUCAUGGACCCCAGAAUCGGCGGUUUCGCGCAGCUCAAGCAGCUGCGGAGCCCCGGCACCGACACGAUCCAGGACACGAUCCCCCUCUCGGGCCGUAUGGGAGGCCCCGUGGUCUCCGCUUCCCUCUUCGGCGGCCCCCGUAGCACUGUGGGGCCCGUUCCUGUCGGCCUGGGAUCACGCCUCUUCGGCGGCGACCCGGCGACCCGAGACACUAAGGAGGCGGCGGCAGCGGCCAUCGCCGCCGAAACCGCCACUGCAAGCCCCAACGCCAGCGACACGCCCGACGCCGCCGCCGCCGCCGCCGCCGAGACGCGCCUGGCCUCCCUCGCCGCGCAGAUCACCGGGCACCGCCAGCGGGCCCGCGACAAACUCCAACACGCCGCCACCCUGCGCGAGGAGCACGCCAGAGCGGCCGAGCGGCAGCCGCUCGAGGUCGGCGCCCGCCCGGCGGACAUCGUCACCCGCGUCAACGAGGACCACGGGCUCGCGAGCCGCUGCCUCCGGCACCAGGAGGAGGCCGUCGCCGCCGUCGCCGAGGCGGACCGCCUCGAGGGCGAGCGCGCCGAGGAGGUCUUCCGGCGCAUCGAACGGCGCCUCGACCGCAUCCACGCCGUCGUCGUCGGCACGGCCGACGCCUUGGCGGCCGAGCGGGCGGCGUGCGCGUCCUUUAUGGCGCAGCAGGUCGAUAGGAUGGAGGCCUUGAAGGUUCGGAGGGAGAGGCGAGCGGGGGGAGAGCCAGGGUUAGAUGGAAGGGGAUGGGGAUAA